AUGCAGUCGUCCAACAGCAAGUUCGGCGGCAAGAUCCCCAAGGCCUGCGAGCCGUGCCGGCGUCGCAAGGUCAAGUGCUCCGGCCACAAGCCCUGCCGCCAGUGCGAGAACAAGCCGUCCGACUGCGCCUACCGGCUCAAGCCGCGCGUCCGGCUGUCGACAAAGCGGGCCACGCCGGCGCCGCCCCUCCCGGUGAACGCCGAGACCGCCGCGUCGGGCAACGGCGCCGUCGUCGGCACGCCGGGCUCCGAUCACGCCGGCCGCCGGGACGACCACGCAGCAGCCGCCGCCUCACACCGGUCGGCCGAGGAGGAGGAGCGCCACCACCAGCACGUCGCGCAGACGGAGGUCUACCACAGCGUCGCCGCCGCCCACCACGCGCCCAAGUCCACCGACAGCUCGCAGCUCUUCUACGGGCCCUCGUCCAACUCGGCCUUCCUGCAGCAGAUCCACCGCGGCCUCCUGUCCGCCGGCCACCAGUACGGCCAGAACCACGCCCGGGACGUCCAGGAGGGCGGGCCCGGGCUCGACAUGUUCAUGCAGCGCAACAUCUUCUUCGGCAUGCCGCUCAAGAUCAACCUCGAGCAGCAGCCGGCGCAGCCCGCCGCGGCCUGCUGCCCCGUCUCGCCGGCGCAGGCGGCCGAGUUCGUCCGGCAGUUCAAGAACACGCACCUCGCGACCCUGCCCUUCUUCACGCCGUGCGAGCUCGACGAGAUGCUCCCGGCGCUGUUUGUCCGCCACGGAGCGGACACUCCUGCCGCUGCCGCCGCCGUCCAGCCCCAGCGGCGGACCGUCUUCCUCGCCGCCCUCGCCCUGGGGGCGCUGAGCACCCCGCAGACCGACGCCGCCGAGUCGCUCUUCGUGCACGCCAGGAGGGAGGCCGUCGUCUACGAGGACGCCGUCACGCUGCCCAUGAUCCAGUUCUCCAUCCUCAUGGCGCACUACCAGCUGAGCAUGGGCCGCCCGAACUCGGCCUACCUGCACAACGGUACCGCGUGCCGCAAGGCCCUGGCGAUGGGCCUACACGCGGGGACCACGGGCGCCAUAUCCCGGAAAGAGGAGGUCCAGGGGAGGCUCGUGACGCUUUGGUCUCUGUACUUCCUUGAGAUUUGGCUCAGCCUGGUGGUCGGCCGGCGCAGCAUGAUGAAGAAGUCCGACUUCGACUCGUGCCCGUACCCCGACGGCCAGCCGACGCUGAUGGCGCUCUGCCAGUUCGCCAGCGUCAUCGAGGAGACCAUCGAGUCCAUCUACGACCGGAGGACCGACUCGCUCCGGCAGCUCUACGGCAAGGCCGAGAAGCUGCACGGCCAACUCCGCCAGUACGGCGACAAAUGGAGUCUGGGGUCCUCGGCGAGCGUGCAGAGGGGGGACGCGUGGAACGCCGAGACCAGUCUUCUGCUGCACAACAUCUAUUUCCACGUCAUCCUCAUCAUCUUCCGCCCCUUCUUGAUCGCCGAAGCCGCCCUCCAGUCCGGCCAAGGGUCCGUCGGCGUGGGCGACAUCUGGCUCCGGCAGGCCUGCAGACACGCGACGGACGCCGCGCAGGACGCCCUCGCUUUCACGCACAACAUGCUCCGUGGACCGGAAGAGUGCAAGACACGCCGGUACCUCGCCUUCUUCAUCGAGUCCUCCUGUGCCGUCCUAUUAUACGACAGCCUCCGCCACCCGUCGAAGCACCCGCACAACCUCGAGUUCAUCCAGACGGCCGUCUCCUGCCUCCGCGCCCUCGUCGGCGACGAGCCCGUCACCAACGCCAUCCGCUCCAUCAAGCGCAUCGUCUGGGCUGUCGAGCAGUCCAUCGACGCGUCCAAGUCGACGGCCUCCCUCAUGGACGCCGCGUCGUCCGCCGACUCGUCGCCCGCGUGGAUCCCCGACAACCACCGGUUCCCGACCAACAUCCAGUUCCCGUCGCUCGAGGAGAACAGGGGGGGCGCCGCCGGGGCCGCCGGGGCCGCCGGGAGCGGGACGGGCGGGGCAGCCACCGCCUCGGACGACCUCAUCUUCUUCAGCAACAGGGCGUCGUAUCGCCCGCAGCAGCCGGAGGAGCCCCUGGCGGAUUACGCCAUGCCGUCUAUGCCGGGCGCGGUGAAUCCCUUCUCCGACUUGAACUUUGACGUCUUAACGACGGACCUGUUCAACUUCUUCCCCGUGGACAUGAGCGCCGCGCCAUCGGGGCACGGAUGA